ACAAUAACUACGAAAGGGGUAUACGAAAGAGAUACCUCGACUGACUGCAGUAGGCAGCAACUCGGAUUCGUAGCUCAGGGCCUCACGUGUCAUUCUAAUGCCAGUAACCAGUAACCACUCACCCUCACCAGAAGCCAGUAUCCGUCACGCCACCGACCAGUAACCACGCUCGCUUAUUGUCGCAAGUUCUCCCCUGCCGUCGUCGCCACUCGGCGCGCUUCGGACCAACUCCGCUACAGCCUACUGUCGGCUGGGUACUGCUACAGUCUUCCAGUAGGGCUGCAAGAGGAGCGUCGCUCUGCCUUUGCUGCGAUGGCGUCCAAGAGUGAUUCUUCGAUCAGCCCAUCGUCCCAGCAGCACCGCCCUCCCACGGGCAUCGAGAUCCUCUUUGCCCAGCGCCUCUCCUCCUCUGCUGCCGCUGCUCCCUCCUCUGCUGCUGCCGCUCCCACCACUGCUUCUGCUCCCUCUGCUGCCGCCGCUCCCUCCACAGUUCCUGUCAACAGUGGGCCCUCAGCCGCUCCGUCCACAGCUCCUGCCAAGAAUCCGCAGGGAGUCGUUUCCGUUUCUGCUGUUUCCAUAGCCCCUGUCAAGAGCUCGUUAAAGCCACCGUCUGCCACUGCCUCCUCUGCCCCUGCCAAGGACUCGGUAAAGGAUUCCCCUGCCGCUCCUGCCACAGCUCUUGCCAAGAGUGCCUCUAGAAGCUCCUCUGCUGCUCCUCCCAUUGCCCCCAUUCCCAUCAAGAGCUCGUUAAAAGCACCCGCUACUGCAAAGAGUGCAUUGGGAGCCCCCUCUGUUCCCUCCCGUGCUCUGAAACCCUCGUUUAGAGAACCCUUUGCUACUCCCUCUCCGGCCCUUGUCAAGAGCUCGAUAAAAGCACCCUCUGUUGCUCCCUCCACUGCUCCUGCUAAGAGCGCCCUAGAAAGGUGGCGGAUUGAAGGGGGCAGUGCGGGCGCGGGGAAGGGCGAUGGUGGCGGGGCAGGCGGGGGGCGGUGGAGAGAGGGUGGUGGUGGGCAGGUGCGGGGUAAGGGUGUUGCUGGGGCUGGAGGCAAGGGCACGGGGAGAGAUGGAGUGAGUGGCGGCACGGGGCGUGGGAAGUGUGGGAAGGCUGGCAGCAGGCUGGCUGCAGAAAGAGGGGGAGUGGGUAGUGAGGAAGCAGUGAGUGGAGGGAAGGGAGACAGGGGAGCGGCAAGGGUCGAUGGUAGGAAGGGUGGCGUAGGGAGUCGGUGGAGCGAGGCUGCUCAACAGGCGAAGAGCGUUUGGGGCGUGGGGGAUGGGAUGGGUGUGAAAGCUGGUGGGAAGGUAGCUGUGAGAGGGGGAGUGGGCAGUGCGGAGGCGGUGAGUGGAGGGAAGAGUGAGAAUGCAGCAGCCAGAGCUGAUGGCGGUGGGGGUGCCGCGGGGGCGCAGCGGAGAGAGGCUGCUGACACUGGGAGAAUCGCUGGGGUGCCUGGCGCUGUUCUGAAGAGUGCUGGGGCUGCUGGGGCUGCUGGGUAUGUGAAGAGUGUGGGGCAUGGGAAGGGUGCCGCUGGGGCUGUUAGUAAGAUAUGUUCGGGGGCAGGUGGAGUGGGCAGGAAGAUGGGCGUUGCUCCUAGAGAGCCGAUCAGAGGGAAUGCUGCAGCAGGAAGCAGAUGGGCAUCAGCCACAGGGGGCAAACUGGAUGCAAGAAAGACGGGAGGGGGCAAAUUGGGAGAGGGCAAGUUGGUUUCAACCAUGGGCAGCAAGUGGGGAGGCAGCAGAUUGGGAGGGAGCAAAGAAGCGACCAGGACAGGCGCAAGUGAUAUUGGAGCGAAGAAAAUGCCUGAAAGCACGGUGGUGAAAAAUAGGGGUUAUUCCAGACUGGUCAAAGUUGGAGCUUUGAGGGCGAAAGCGUUGGAGGGGAGUGAGAAGGGGAGUGAUGGUGCGAGUAAGGACUGGAGAUUUGGGGAGAGUGAGAAAGGGAGGGAUGGCGCAAGGGAUAGAAGGAGAGAUAACGAGAGAGGCAUUGAGACUGAGAAAAGGAGAGACAGUGAGAGUGAGAAAGGUGGUGACGGUGAAAGGGAUAAAGAGAGAGGAGACGAGAGAGGCGUUGAGACUGAGAAAAGGAUAGAGGAUGAGAGUGGCACCAGGAUAGACGGUGAGAGUGAGAAAGGGAGGGACAAAGAGUGUGCGGAAUUAAGGGGCGGGGACAGGGGGGAAGGAGGGGAUGAUGAGACUGGGAGUAGUAUGGAUGCCGAGGGGGCGAAAGGGAGAGGCAAUGCCGGUUCAAUGUCGAAGCCUGGAAGGAACGGCGAUAUAGGGGCCAGGCAGCAGCUGUCGUUGCGGGAGAACUGGGGCAGCGGGGAGGGCGGAUGGGGAAAAGGGGGAGAGGAGGAGGAGCAUUGGAAUGAGGAAGAGGAGGAUGUGGAGAAGGAGCAGGUCCAAAGGGAGAUAGAGGAGCACGAGGAAGAGGCGGAGAAGGGAUGCCGAGGGAGGGAAGGGGGAAAGGAGGUAGAAGCAGGGUGGGAGAAGGAGGGUGGCAGUGCUGACGUGAGUUCAAGCCAGGAAGGUGUUGCAGCUCAACUGCUGAUGAAGGGUGGGGACGAGGCGAGGGGGGAAGAGGAUAAUGUUACGCGGCUCGCAAAAGAGGACAGUUUACGCACUCCAUGGAUGGUUGAUGAUGAGGCGACGGAGGUAGCUCCCAAGAGAGACGAGGAGGAAGAGGAGGAGAGAAGGAUUGAGGAAAACGUGAAGAGAGAAGUAGAGGUAGAGGCGAAGAGAAGGGAAGAGGAAGAGGAGGAGAUAGGGGAAGAGGAAGAAGAGGAGAGAGGGGAAGAGGAAGAGGAGAGAAGGGAAGAGGAAAAAGAGGAGAGAAGGGAAGAGGAAAAAGAGAAGAGGGAGGAAGAGGAAGAGGAGAAGAGAAGGGAAGGGGAAGAGGAGAUGAGAAGGGAAGAAGAAGAUAGAGGGGAAGAGGAAGAGAUGAGAUGGGAAGAGGAAGAAGAAAAGAGAGGGGAAGGGGAAGAGGAGAAGCAAGGGGGAAAGACAGAGAGGAAGAAAAGGGAAGAGGAACAGGAGAAGAGGAGGGAGGAGGAAGAGAAGAAGAGUAGGGAAGAGGAAGAGGAGAAGAUAACAGAAGACAUAGAGAAGAAUGGAGGGAGCGAGGAAAAGGAUAAGAGAAGGGAAAGGCUAUUGGAGAAGGGAAAGCAACAGGAAGAGAAGGAAUUGGAAAAGGAGGAGGAGAAGAGGAGUGGGGAAGUGGAGGAGGAGAGGAAGGUAGAGGAAGCAGAGAGCAGCGAAGAGGAAGAGAGCGCUGAUCGGAGAGAGCGGGAUAGAAGAAGAGGGGUUAAAUGGAAAACCCAGGAAAGGGAGCCAUGUUUAGAAGAAGCCUUGCAGCCAGGGGAAGAAUUGCUGUGCAUGAAUGAUGGGCAAAAGACAAAGCCACACUGUGCCCCAGGGAAGGCUGAGAAGCAUCUUACCCAGGACAUGGUUGGCAGCUUCCGACCAGCCAAGAGGCGAGUGCUGGGAUUCCGCUCUCGGCAGGAGAGUGGGCAGGAGAAGAGCAUUCACAGUGCAUCGAUGCGGCAUCUCGCAAGCAGAGAGCAGCAUGGCAUGUGCACAUCGCAGCAUGGCGCAUGCACCAUGCAGUAUGACAUGGAUGAGGUGGAUACCACAUGGCUUACUGCCUACAACAGCACCCUCACACAUCCCCAUGUCGCUGCUCAGCCGGCAGUGGACGGGGAAGGGGCAGGGAAGCAGGCGAAUGGGGAGGGAUUGCAGGGCCAGCAGCCUGCAGUGAAGCGGAACAGGCAGGAUGGGCAGCAAGGGCAGGCACAGGUGGAAGGGGCAGAAGGGCAUACAUUACCGGAUGGGUUGGUGGCCAGGGAGGUGUUACUUGAGAAAGGGCAUAUGCUGGGCUGCAAGGGGAGAGGUGGGAGUGGGAGGUUAGGGAGUGUGGCAUGUUUGUCAGAGGAGGCGUUUGAAGGCUGCAUGACUUUCCUGGAUAUGCACCCUGCUGCCGCUGCUGCUGCUCACGAUGCUGCUCGUGCUGCUGCUGCUGCUGACGAUGAUGAUGAUGGUGGUGCUGCAGAUGUAGAUGCUGGCUCUGCUGGUGCUGCGGGUGCCAAGGUGCAUGGAGGCUUAAAAUCAGAAGGAGAUGAGGAAACACUAAGAGCGGAGGAGGCAGAGGCAGGGCGUCAUGGUGCAGGGACACUGCGAUGCGACGUGUGCUUCCAGCCGGGGGAGACGCCUUACAACCCGUUGCUCUGCUGCGCGCUUUGCUCCACAGCCGUCCACCAGCUCUGCUAUGGCGCCGUGGGCCUUCCUCCCCUCUGGGCAGUGCGCUCCGCCCUCCUCUCCCCCUCCCCGCACGCCCCUCCCCUUCCCUCACUCCUCGCGCUGACCAACCAGGGGAGGGGCGGGGGGGCAGCGGGGAGCCAGGCACCGAGCAAGCAGGCAGUGGCGAGCCGGUUCAAGUGGCGCUGUGUGCCGUGCCACCUGUACGCGCGAGCAUGCAGCACUUCUCACACGCCGUGCUCCCAGCGGCCUCCCCUCCUCACCUGUGCCUUGUGCCGUGUGGUGGGAGGCGGUGCAUUCAAGCCCUGCUCUGACGGCCCCCUGCCGGCCACCGCAGAGGAGCGUCAUGGGGAAGCAGAGGGGCGUCCUGAGAGAGCAGAGGAGCGGCUUGAGAGGACACAGGGGCGCAUAGUGAGACCAGAGGGACGUGGCGAGGCAGCAGAGGGAGCAGGGAUCCCUGGGGAGGGGUGUGGGGCCAUCGGUGCAGAAGGAAAUGAUUCUGCUUGUGCGGAUUCGAGGCAGGGUUUGGUUGAAGAAAAAGGGGCAGAGCGCAGGCAGGAUGGAUAUGAGCAGCAUAAGGGGAGGGCGGACCAGCAGAGGAGGAGGAGGAGAAGGUUUGCUGGCAGGAGCAGCGGCAGUGGGAGUGACCGAGAGAGUACCAGUGAAAGUGGGAGUGAUAGUGGGUGUGCGAGCAGCAGCAGCAGCAGCAGUGGGAGUAGCAGCAGUGAUACAUCAACCAAUGACUCGGCCGGUAGCCAGAGCAGCAGCGACGCGAGCAGUGAGCCAAGUAGGGGAGAAGGAGACAAAGGCAAGAGAGGCAGGAGGCGAAUGCAUGUGAGGGGGAGGAGCCGGCAGGAGGGUGGAACUUGUGCUGGCCACAAUGGUGGAGAUGCCAAUGCAGAGGGGUCUACAGUGGACGGCAGGAUGAGGAUGGAAGGGAGAAUGGGGGCACAUGGAACGCAGCACCUGCCUAGUUCAGCGGCAAAAGGAGCAAUCUUCAUUGGGUUGGUCGGUGGUAGCAAGACGGCAGAGGGAGGGGGGAGGAGUGGUAGGGGAAGAGACGGCGGCUCUGUGAGGGGAGGUGGCGAGAGGAGCACAGGGAAUGGGGAGCAAGCUGCUGGGCUUGAAAAGGGCACGAGGAUUCCUCUGCAAGAGACACGAGCUGCUCAAGUGGAUUCUGGUGGCAGGAGUGGCUAUGGAAGGAGCGCUAAGGCAGGCAUGUGUGACGAUGCGAAGGACGUGCGGCAAUUGGAGAAGGCCAUGCCAGCUGCCCUGAGGCACGUGCGCUGGGUGCAUGUGGCGUGCGCUCUCUUCGACUGCCAUGUGUUCUUCGGCAGUGCGGAGUUCCUCCAACCCAUCAUGGGUGUGACAGCUGCUGCACAGAGGAGGGCGGACAGCAGGCAGUUGGCAGCAGCAGCAGCAGCAGCAGCAGCAGCAGCGUUAGCCAUGGAGCGCUGCACCUUCUGCCAUCAGCCGGACGGCCCGCUUGACCUGCUUCCGUGCGCUUACCCUCUCUGCGCCAUGCGCUUCCAUGUCCGCUGUGGCCUGCUGCAUGGCUGCUCCGCCAUUGUGCGAGAGACCGACCUGUACCAGCGCCAGGUGUCGGCCUUCUGCCCCUCACACGCUGCAGCUGUGCAGGGGGGCGAGGGGGACCCCUAUCCCUCACAUGGGCAUCCCCCCGCAGAGGAACCGCAGGGUUGUAAGGAGGCGCCAUUUUCAGAUGUACAUGAUGGUGUAGGGGCUGGGUCCAAGGCAGGGGUAGCUCCUUGCAGCAUGGUGCUGGAUGGAGUGAGGGAGUCAGAGGCGGAGGUCGAGUGGGAGCAGAAGCAUCCAGGGGGGGUGAGGGAGCACAUGCAGGCGGUGAGUGAGCAUUGGAGGAAGCGAAGGGCUGCAAAUGGAGGCAUGCCCUCACUGCUGCAUCUCGCGCAUGCGUGGACGCAACAUCGCCCACUCCCUUUUAGUGUGCUUCUCGACCCUUCUUCCCGCACCCAUCAGGCCCGCAUGGAGCACGUAGAGGCAGCUCAGCUGAAGCCAUCAAUGGAUCUCCACGAAAACGCCCCUCCUCCUUCCACCCUCCCCAGUCCUUUUGCUGCUGCUGUCGCCGACGCUGCUGCUGCAGCUACCACUGUUGCUGCCACUGCUGCUGCUUCAUGGGAGAAGGUAGACCUCUGUGCACAUGCAGAGGAUCAGGCAGGCCAACUGAUCGAUGGGAGGGAGAGUAGUGGGUGGGUGUGUGACGACAGAGGUAUGGGCAUUGAUGGUAGAGACAUGGGCAGUGACAUGGCAAGGCAGCGAGAGCAGUGGCAGCAGGUGGUGGGAGAACAGGGGCUCAGAGCAAGCAGGGGAAGAGGUAGGAGUCCUGGUGCCGAUGGUGGUGGUGGUGAUGGUGUUGGUGAUGGUGGUGACAGUGUGAAUGGUGAUCAGGAUGCAUGGGGCCCAUGGGAUAUGCACCAGAGGCAAGAGACAGAGGAAUGUGGUGAGAGGACGAGAAAGGGUGGUGAGAGGAAGCGAGGGAGUGGUGGGGUGAAGAGAGAGAGUGGUGAGGCAUGGGAGCAGUGUGUCACAGUGAAGGACGAGAGUGGCGCAGAGCCGCCUGCCUCGCGUCCUGCAACUCCCACCAUGUCACCACCCCCACCCCCACCACCUCUCCCGUCAGCAGCACUGCUUCCAUCAGCGGAGACUCCGGUCGCUGCAACACCACCCGCACCAGCAGCAGCAGCGGCGGCAGCGGCAGCAGCGCCAGCGGCGGUGGCGGCGGCGGCGGGUACUGGUGAGGGCAGAGCGGGGUGUGUUUGGUGUGGGGGGCAGGGCGCGGCAGUGCAGUGCGUGGGGUGCCAGCAGCGCUUCUGCUACCAGUGCUUCAAGCGCCGCAAGGGCUUUGGCGUCAAGGGCUGGACCACAGCGCUCCGACAGCCGUCGUACACGUGCCCUGGGUGCUUGAGUGGGGAGACACACGCACAUGCGGACAUGCAUGGAGAUGUGGGCGUGUAUGCACGUGUAGCAGCGGUUUCUGGUGCGGUUACAGGUGCAGGUAGGGGUGUGCACUAUAGGGAGGACAAGGGGAGGAAAGGGAGUGGGGGGAGAGAAGGGAGGUUAGAGGUGGGGGUUGAUGGUGGGGGGUUGGAGGAAGGUGGGAGGUGGAAGAAGCUAGAGAAAGUGAUGCAGGGAGAAGGGGAAGCUGAGAGGGUGGUUGGCCGUGGUGGCAAGGUGCAGGGGAGAGGAGGUGUGAAGCGAGGAAGGAAGGAAGUCAAGGAGGGGGGAGAGUGGCGAUUGGGUUGGGCGGAGGAUGAGGAGGCAGAGGAGAAAGACGAGGAGGAGGAAGAAGAGGAAGAGGAGGAGGAAGAAGAAGGGGAGGAGGAAGCGGAAGAGGAGGAGAAGGAGGAGGAGGAGGAGGAGGUGGAGGAAGAAGAAGAAGAGGAAGAGGAGGGGAGGAGGGGAGGGAGAGACAUCGACUUUGAGGAGGAGUUAGGGGUGCGCCUGUUUGGCAGGGGUGCGGGAAGGAGGGCGGGGGAGCAGAUGAGGACGACCAAGGAGAUGGAGAGAGGAAGGAGCCGGCAUGACUUGGAGCGAGGCAGGCAAGAGGGUGGAAGGGUUGGUGGCCGGCUGGCAGGCGUGCCAUGUACUGCUAGGGAUGACGAAUCAAAGGGGCCGAGAUUGGGAGCAAGGGGCAGGGGAAGAAGUGAAAGAUGUGGGCGCAGAGGAAGGAAUUUGUGGGAAGCAACCGAGUGGCGGAGUGAGAGGGGCAGAGCGUGGGAGGAGGAGGAGGAGGAUGUGCGUGGGCAGGACAAAGAGUAUAACGAGUGUGAAGGGGCAGUGGAGGGGGGGCGUGAUGUGGAGGGGGAUGAGGAGAGGGAUGAGGAGAGUGCAAGGGAGGAGGAGGAGGGGGAGAGAGGCAUGUGGCAGGGGGAUUGGGUGCAUGUGGUGGUGGGAGGGGAGAUGGCGGAAAGACUGCUCCAGAAGGAGACAGUGCACGUGGGUGCUGUGAUCAGGGGGGAUGUGGAUGUAGUGAGCACUGAGAGUGUGGAUAUGAAGAUGGAGACACCGCGAGAAGAGGAGGCAGACGAUAAUGGUAAGGGGGAAAGCGAGGAGGAGGAGGACGAGGAGGAGGAGGAGGACGAGGAGGAGGAAGAGGAGGAAGAGGAGGAAGAGGAGGACGAGGAGGAGGAGGAUGAGGAGGAGGAGGAGGUCGAAGAGGAGGACGGUUACUCUGAAAAAGUGGAGCAAGAGACCGUGGGAGGCAUGGGGGAGGAAGUAGGAGCAGAGGCAGAGGGGCAGGAGGUGGAAGGAGUAGGUACGGAAUUAGAGGGCGAGGAGGAGGGAGAGGGGGAGGAGGAGGGGGAGGAGGGGGAGGAGGGGGAGGAGGUGUGGAAGCAGGAGUUGUGGAGUGAGCUGGACAGAAUGGUCGCUGCUGUCUCCACCCACGUGGGUGGUUCCGCAGGGGAGGUAGAUGUGGGGGAGGUGGAUACUGGGGAGGUGGAUGCGGGGGAGGUAGGUGUGAUGGAGGUUGAAGGGCCCCAGGGGCUGGGUAGGGGUGGAGAGGUGGGCGCCAUGCUGUGGGGCGAUGCACAUGGCAUGGCAGAUGACCAUUUGUACAAGGGGGCACAUGGGAGCAUGCCUGCGUUGCCUGUGUAUGAGAGGAUUGUGGGGGAUGAGGGCGGAGUGGGGAUGAGGGCGGAGGGGGAGGAAGGCAGGGCGGGGGAGGGGGGGAAGUAUGAGGCAGGAGAGUCAAGAGGACGGAUGGGGGGAGUGGCUCUGGGUGGUGGAGCGGGAGGAGAGCGUGGGAGUGUGACAGCAGCAGAAGACGAGGGUCAGGGUCCGUGUGGUCCCUGUGGCUGGGGUGAUGAAUAUGGGGGCGAUAGCCAUGGGGUCACGGCAGGGGAAGGGGCUGGAGGGCUGCUCACAGCAGAGGGUGGGGGCACGGGGCUGCUGGAAUGGAGGGCCGAGGAGCAGGGGAGCGACAUGUGGAGGAAGGGUGGUGGCGAUGGUGGCGAUGGUGGCGAUGGUGGGGAUGGUGGCGAUGGUGGCGAUGGUGGGUGGUGGAGCCGCAUGUUUCCUGACUCCCCACUAGCCACUCACGAGCAACACGACUCCCUUAACGUGCGCUCACCUCUGCAAGCACAUGUCUCAAGCCAGUCUCCCUCACUCCCAGCCCGAAACGCCCCAAAUUCUCAUUCUCCUCCUCCUCUUCCUGCCAUCGCUUCCCCUAGUGCAACUCCUUCCUCUCCUGCAACCCCUUCUCCUCCUAUACCCCCUUCCCCUCCUAUACCCCCUUCACGUUCUGUAGCCCCACCCCCUGCUGCGCCCCCUUCCCCUGCUCCAGCUGCCAUGUCAUCUCCCCCCCACACAACCAAAAGCAUCCCGCCACCUCCCUCCUACACAAUCCCUCUCAUCGCGCCUUCUUCCUCCCACGCAACCCCGCCCAUCUCACCAUCUCCCUCCCCUGUGCCGUGCUCCCUCCCGCCUCCUCACUCCCCCAACUCGCCCACUGCUGUGCGUCUCCCUCUGCCUCCUCCUCCUGUGCCCCUCGCCGUGCCCCUGUCUCCUAUGCCCCUGGCUCUGCCUUCGCCUGCUGCUUUUGGCGGGGGCAGUGCUGGCAUGGAGGGGCGACAAGAGGCGCGCAAGUAUGGAGGGGAGGGGGUAGAUUUUGAGACGUCCGACAGAGAUCCUCCUGUAAGAAUAAAUGGGGGCGGGACUGGUCCAGAGGGGCGAGGAGAGGGGCCCAAGGAUGGAGGGGAGGGGGUAGACCUUGAGACCUCUCAAAGUGGUCCUCCUGUAAUUGGUGGGGGUGGGAGUGGUGCAGAGGGCACAGGGGAGGGACGCAAGGAGAAAGGAGAUGGGGGAAUGGGAGUGGAUGUAGGGAAGGGGACGGCUGGAAGGGAAGGGUUGGAUGCAGGGGAGGUCGGUGGAAGCUGGAGUAAGCGGCAGAGGGUGGAGGUGGGGUGUGGACAGGUGCCAAUGCGGUUCAGAGCGGUGGAGGUGGGCUGCAGUGAUGCUGUAAAAGAAGUAGUUGUGGAAGGGGCAGAGGCAGGUGCUGAUAGGGGCGUUGCCGUGCAGAAGGAGGGGGGUAGUGCAGGUGGUGGGACGGAGGGGAGGAGUGGGGUGGGGAGGGAGAAGGAGGGGGGUGAUGGAGGUGGUGGAAAGGAGGGUGGUGUAGGGAGUAGUGGGGUGGGGAGUGGGGAGGAGGGGGGUGGGGUGGAGCCUUUGAGGCGUGUGUCUGGGUUGAGGGGGGAAGAUUUGGUAGAAGGUGGUGCAGGUGGAGUGGUGGGAGUGGGAAGCAGUGGAGCAGCAGCAGAGCAGCGGGGCUUGGUGGAAGGUGGCAAUGGUGGCACGGUGGGGAGCAAUGGGGGCAUGGUGGGGCAAAGCAACACCAACACGAGUGAGGGGCUCAGCUCUGGUGAGACUAUGAGGGCAGGCGGGGCUAGGCUCAUGGCAGGGACAAGGGGCAAAGGCCUGCGCAGAACGAGCAGCAGUGGCAGCAGCAGUGACGGUAGUGAUAGUAGUGAUAGCAGCGACAGCACUAGUGGCAGCAGUAGCAGCAGUGUCAGCAGCAGCAGCGAAGAGACUACCAGCAGCAGCAGCAGCAGCGGCGGCAGCAGCAGGAGCAGCAUGAGUGAGGGAAGGCCGGCUGCUGCUUUUCUUGCUUCUGGCGGGAGCAGGGGGGGGGAGGAGCAAGGGCAGCGUGCAGGAAGGAUGGGGGUUGGGAAGGGGACGAGAGGAGCAGGAGCGGUGGAGGGAAGGGUGCACGGGGGGGACGUGGGGAACAGCAGAGGUGGGAUGAGAGUGCAUGGGCAGGGAGGGAGAGCAGAUGGCGAAGGGGAUAGGCAUGCAGCUGUGCGGGGGAGGAUGGGGGGGCUGAGGGACGAGAUAGAUGGGAGCGAUGUGAGGAGAGCACACGAGGAAAAGGGGGGGAGGAGUGCGGAAGGAGGGAGGAGUUGGAGGAAGGUUGAUGGCGGUCAGAGGGCUCGGGAGAGUGGGGUUAGUGGUAGCAGAGGAGGGAGGGGUGGGGGGGAUGAGGGGUGCAGAUGUGAGCUCGCAGGGGGAGGAGGGACAGAAAGUCUUAGUGAGAUGAGGAGGGGGGAAAGGGAGGUGCAAAGGGCGAGGGAGAGAGAGGAAGAGAGGGCUGGACGUGAAGUUGGGUCACUUGGGAAGAGGAGGAGGGAUGAGAGUGGAGAUGGGCGGGAGAGAGGGGCAGAUAGGCGGGGAAGGAGUGCAAAUGGGAAAGAGAGGAGUGCAGAUCGGCGAGAGUGGAGUGGAGCUGGGCGGGAGAGGAGCGGGGACGGGCGAGAGGGGGGUGGGGAUGCAAAGUGGAAGGAGGGAAGAAUGCAGCAUGGGGUGGGCAAAGGCGUGGGCCGUGUGGGGGGAGGUGUGGGGAAUGAGUUGAAAGAGAAAGCACAUGAGAGAAAUGAAAAGAGGCAUGAGGGGGAAGGCAAGGGGCAUGUGAACCUUGGUGUGGAGCAAAGGGGGAGUGAGGAUGGUGCAAGGGUAGGUGGAGCGGAACGUUUAGGCGCAAAGGGAGAGGAGGAUCGCAAGGGGAGGGAUGAAAGGGGUAGGGGGGUGAGAAGAGAAGAUGAGAAGGGAAGGCGGUUGAGUAGAGAAGAUGAGAAGAUGAGGGGAUUGAGGAGACGGGAUUUGAAACGGGAUUGGGAGACGACGGGGAACAGAGGGAAAAGGCCAGAAGAGGGAGGUUUGGGUCAAAGUGGAGAAGAGAGGGAGAGGGGAAGAGGAGACGAUGGAGUGAAAGAUAGAGAAUGGAACAAGAGAAAGCGCUCAGAGCACAGGGGCAGGGACGGGGGCAGGGAUAGGGACAGGAGGGUUGAAAGGAGGAGGGAAAGGGAAGAUGGACGGACAAGAGAGAGGGAAGGCAGAGAGGCAAGGGAUCUAGGGAGGGUGAGAAAGGGGGCAGGUAGGAUGGAUAGGGACAGGGCAGAUGGAAGGAUGAGAGGGAGGGAUGGUGAUAAGAAUCGGAAGAGAGGGAAUGAAGGUAGUAGAGAUGACAAAACUUUGUGCGAAAAGGAUGCAAAGGGGCGGGAACAGGACGAUGUCUUGGCAAGGGAGAGGGGGAUUACAGUCGGGAAGGGGAGAGACGAUGAAAGGCGUGAAUCGCACAUGCAACGGGAGGAGAGGAGCUGGAGGCAUGAAAAGAAGGGCUCAGACAACCGUGAUGGGGGGCUGAGUGGGAGGGAGAAGGGAGCUUCAGGCUCAAGAGUAGCGGCACCAGGUGCAGUGGAGCAGGACAGUGUGAGAAGGCGUGGGGAGGGCGAGAGGAGCAAUAGCUGUGGGAGCGGGGCGGAGCGGAAGCUGACGUUCAGACGGCAAGAGGGGGACCUGCUUGAACUGAAGAAAGAGGGUCAGCAGAGCAAGCAGGAGGGGCGGACACUUGAAUCUUCUGAUGCGCCUCAAAGGGCACAUACUAAGUCGAGGCGAGAGGAGGGGAAGAAGCCGACCAUGGGAGGGCAGGAAGGCCUUGGCGGUUCAGAGCGAGGUGGUGUGGGGAAAGGAAGCAGCGUGGAGCGUCGUGGUUCUAGGAAGGAGGGGCACUCUGUGCGGCACGAGCAACCUCAGAAGACAUUCAGAGCUGCGCGUAGCUAGAGAAUGGUCUUUGCAAGCUACGGAAGCUGCUCCAUUCUCAUAAGUAAAUUAGAGGAUCUCCGCCGUAAUGGUCACAAUUCUCAUGUCAAAGUCAAAUCUUGUUCCCUUCUCAUUGUGUCUGCAUGUGGGUUUAUUAUGUCACAAGACUAGCUUAGCUAGGAAGCCAUAAAAUGGCAUGAGGUUUAGCUAGGAGCUAGGAGGAGCCAUGGAAAUGGCGAGAGGUUUUAGGUGCUAGGAAAGUUGAGGAGAGAAAAGAGAACUAGAAAGGAAGAGAGGGAUACAAGGAGGGGUGUUGUACCCUCUACAGUAAUGUUCAGUAACAUCU